AUGGAGAAGGCGUCCAGGAAGCCACUGGAGGAUUGCUGGUUUGGUCUAACGCCUAAGGAACGAGUCCGCUUGGUGACGAGUUUCGUGGAAAUCGAACGGAAACUCUUCUCGUUUGGCUUUGAUGCCUAUGGAAGCCUGUCCUACAAGGACAGUCUGCCUCGCGACCUCCAAGCCAAUCUCUACACACCUGGCACGGCCGACGAAAGUGGUGAUGCAACCCGAUUCUGUAUCGGUCCUACGACAGACUACAUGUUCUGGCGAGGAAGAAAGGCACGGAUGGAUUUGAAUCGAGGGCCCUGGAGAGAUCCACGCGACUAUGUUCGUUCGAUCGGCGUACGGGAACUGGAAUGGACCCGCCAGUUCGGGAAACCCCAGACGAAUGACUUUCCGCAUAAUAAUAUUCUCAAAGGCGAGAUUUCUCCGGAAAAGUACACGGAUCUACUUGACAAGUAUCUGGCCAUCUCUCCUUACAUCUUGCCGGAAUAG